AUGCUGAAUGACACCUCAGUCCCUGAAUUCAUCUUGCUGGGUUUCUCUGAGUUCCAGGAGUUCCGGUUCCUCUUGUUUACAACUUUUUUGACCAUCUAUCUCUUCACACUCCUUGGCAAUGGUCUGAUCAUUGCCAUCUCAAAUUUAGAUGUGAGCCUGCAGAUCCCCAUGUACUUCUUCCUGAGCAAUUUCUCAUUGCUAGAGAUGUGCUACACCUCAGUCACAGUGCCUCAGCUUCUGGGGGAUUUCCUCACUGGCACCCAUGCCAUCUCCUUCCAGACUUGCAUCACUCAGAUGUACUUCUUCUUUUUCUUUGGCACAACAGAGUUCCUCCUCCUGGCCACCAUGGCCUAUGACCGCUACCUAGCCAUCUGCCACCCACUGCAGUACCCUAUGCUCAUGGAUAGCCGCACCUGUGCCUGCCUAGCCUUGAGUUGCUGGCUGAGUGGUUUCCUGACACCCUUCUUGCCCACAGCUUUCAUCUCCCAAUUGCCCUACAACAGCAGCAACCAGAUCAACCACUUCUUCUGUGACACCAGCCCCCUAAUUAAGCUGUCAACGGGCAACACCUUCAUGGCUGAUAUGAUGGUCUUUCUGGUCUCUGCAGUGGUUGUGCUCACAUCCUUCCUUUUGACGGUCACCUCUUAUGUGCUGAUAGUUUCCACCAUUUGCCGUAUCCCAUCUGCCUCCGGAAGGCUCAAGGCUUUUUCCACGUGUGCCAGUCACCUCACAGUAGUUACCAUCUUUUAUGGCACGGUCAUCUUUAUGUACCUCUGCCCACGCUCUGGCCAGGCUUCUGACAUGGACAAAGUUGUAUCUGUGCUGUAUGCUGUUGUCACCCCGAUGUUGAAUCCGAUCGUCUAUACCCUGAGGAACAAAGAUGUGAAAAUAGCCUUGAAGAAGGUCGUCAACCAAGUGAAGAACACCUUUCUUAGACAGAGAAGGGAUGUGGUAGCCAUUCCUGUAUUAUCAUGA